AAAAAAAAAUAUUAUUUCUUUGCUUAAAUUCGUAAGAAAAGUCACGUAAGCUUCAAAAGAAACCAAGUAAAAAUACGGUAGGGAAACAUUCUAGGGUCUCCCAUCAUAUAUCUUACACCACUUUGCUUAAUGCAGCUGUUCAUAUAACGGCUUUUCAAACAAAAAUGUUAGAUGAGGAAUGAUCGAAAAUAUGAUCCGAUCCGAACCGUUUCCAAAGGUGUUCAUCCUUGAUCCAAAGCAUAUCGAUGCACCAAAUUUGAUCAAUAUAUCGCAAAAAUUGCGAUCUGUGCGUUGAAACCAAAAAACUAGGUCGGACAGACAAGUUAAAAUCAAUUCAAUAAAUGAUUUUGAUUCGAUCAUUAGUAUAAAGGGACGAUUUAUCUUAAGUACUUCUGGUUGUUGUUUACACAUCCGCAGAAAAUUAAUAUAAAGUUAUACCACAGGUGGUGUAGGGUGUAAGUAUUUUAUAAAAGUUUCAAAAAAAAUUAUUUUAUAAAAGUUAUGCAAAUUUGUACACUUAACAUUGAAGCUACGUUCCUUCUUCCCAGUAACACUUUAAAUUAGAAUAAAAAGUUUCACUACUCAGCAUUGAGGUUAUGCUUCAAUCCGGCGUUGAGAAAGCAAUGCAAAUUUGAUUACCUAAUAUUGAAAGUACGUCCGUUUUUACUAGUACCACCAUAAGCUGCCUUUUUGCGUAAAGAGAAUAAAAAGUUUCACUACUCAACAUUGAGGUUACGUAUAAAUUCUGUCUUGAGAAAGUUAGAUGUGAUUCUCCAAACUUCUUCAAAAUUGUUUUCGAUACAUACUUUUCCUUACAGCAUUCUAUUCAUGCACAACUCAUAUCAACGUUGAGGUUACGUACGAUCUAUGUGAUGGUUAUACCUAACUAUUGUAAGGGAGUACCACAACAGAAAUUAAAAUUUAUGCAAAAAAUUGAUCCAAAUGACAUCAUGUUUAGUAUUUUAAAGGCUUAUAACUAACGACAGAGUGAAGCGCCUCUACUCUAUCCGUUUUGUCUUUCCGUACGCAAUAUGUAAUUGAGCCUUGCAUGAGUUUUACCGUAAAAUGAGGUGAAGCUCGGUAAGUUUUCUCAUUUGGAAAAAUUUCUUUUUCUUCUGCGGCAUUCCCAUCCCCUUCCGUAUCAAAAUUCAGUGGUUUACACUCCCGGGCAACGAGGUGCCUUUGUUUGGAGAGUAUUCGAGGGUAUCGGGGAUUGUCUGCGUGCAGACUUCCUCACCAAGGUAGUCAGCUACUCAAGAGGUCCCGUACACAACCAUUAGGUUGUCGAAAAGCUAAUGAUAGUGUAGUGUGAUGGAUGGAUUAGUUCUCCUUGUACGAUAAAUCCAGAGGGGUUGGCUUCCCUGGUAGUAUGCGAAUCCAAAAUGCAAGUGUGAAAUUACGGACAAAAUGAUACGCGCAUGCCAAUAAUUCUAAAGCAUACUAUGAACUAAGGAAUCCACGAGGGUCAGAUUGCCUACAAAGUCACGCGGCGACAAAGCCCUGGUUAGGCGGGUAGAGAGGACAACAUUGGUUGAACUGCAGAGCAGUGCUUGCUAAGACCUUCGCUUGCAUAUUGAUAUUCUAUGUGGAAACUUCGCUGGAAAGUGCUGUGCCCAGCGUUAGUACGGUAAAUUAAGAAGAUGGCGAAUCCUCCCUUAAAAUCAUGUUGUUUUUGUCAAUCCCUGCGUAAUGGAUCAAUUAUAUCGGGUCUACUGGCUAUAGUAUUGUCAAUUAUUACAAUUGUCAUUAUUUUUACGACGAGAGUUACAUUCAAAACGAUCAUAUUCGAUUGGGUGCCGCCAAAUAUUGUUAAGAUUAUAUUGGUUAUUAACUUAUGUAUGACAAUAUUAAUAUCAACUUUAAUGAUAAUCGGUGUUAUAAAGCGCAAUCAUUAUCUAAUGAUGCCUUGGGUGGUAUUGGGUAUUAUGAUUGCUAUCGGUCUAUUGGUUUCUGUUAUUUACACUGCCGUUGUCUUUUUCAUUGAUGGCUUCGUAUUAACGGGUGUAUUAUGGCUGGUGUUCGGUUUGAUUGCUUGCGCGAUUUUAACCUAUUGCUGGUGUGUGGUCUACAGUGAAUUCACAAUACUCUCGGAGGAAAAUGAAAGGGGACGUUACAACAAGCAGCCAUAUAGACGUUAAACCGAAUAAGAAAAAAAUAAGUGACGUACUUUUUAUAGAAAUAAUUUAUUUAAAUUUUUUUUUUUUUAAUGAAAAUAAUUUUAAGUUAAUUGCACAGAGAUAUUUCUUCUAACUAAAAGAAUCGAAUUGAAUUUAAUUUUGCAAAUGAAUGUUAGUUUAAUAAGUAACAGUUUUAAUAUACGUAAGCAAUUGCCUUUUUCCUUCUUUUUUUUUUUACUAAGAAAAUA